UUCCUCCCUGUGAGAGCUAGAAGGUAGGAUGAUUGAGGGAGCUCACUGUAUAGCUUGGUCCCAUACCCCCAUCCCCACCCGUCCACCCCCACUCCUGUCCACACACACACCCAAAGAAUAAGCCUUCACAGGGACCAUCCACAGCCCCUACUAAAUGGACUCCUACCCCUGCUAACAAAAGUCUUCCAUAGACGUCAUGUGCCCCCAACCUAGCAAAGGCCUAAAUAUGCCACUUCCUGGGUUGCUGGGGUUUCAGACUAUAAAAUACUGUGCUUAAGUAGUACCAAGAGCGGAGUUGUUGCUAUGACAACUUGAGAUAAGCCAGGCUUUCCCUGGUACUCAACAGACCAAGUCACCUGGCUUCCGUCCCCUUGUUCUUGCUAGUCUAUACCCCGGGUGCUCGGGUGGCUGUUGUUUCCUGCUUUGUCUUUUACCCAGCACCCCAGGGCUGAGUGACAGAGUGUUUAGAGCCGUCUGUGACAGCAGCUGUGAUUUCACAAGGACAGAUGUUUGCGAGAUGACCAGGCUCAGGGAUCAGGAAGAAGAUAGGGAAAGACCCUUCCUGGACAGCUUCAGUCCUGAGGGAGUGAGACUCUUUCCUUUGCCAUGGAGUCCUGCUCGCUAACUGGCUAGAGAGCUGGGGUCCCCACUGCGCGUCCCACUGGGGGCUCUGGGGUUACAGUUGUGUGUGACCACGUCCAGCUUUGGGGGCAUCCUGAGGACCCAGCUCAAGUAUCAAACUUGCACAAAUGCUUUACCCACACACAAGGCCAUCUUCCAGGGCCUGCCAACUGAACUUUGAGCAUUUCUUUCAGCCCUGCCUGGGUGGGGCUCUGGCAGGCUGGGAAGCCCCUGGGGCAGGCCUCAGGUACUAGGUGCCCGUAUGUAUGAUGAUGGUAUUAGCUAAUUGCUAUCAAUGCGGUGUUUGGAAAGGUGCCUAACGAGGCCCAGCUUCAUGAUCAGGGCAAGUGAGCUCCCCGCUAUCCCAGGUUACAAAUGGGCAUGAACCUCUGUUUGGGCCACCCUUGGACUAGCCUGAGAAAAAGACCCACGUUCCCCUGCUUCUGUUUACUUGUUAUAUGGGUGCCUUACCUGAGGGAGCCCCUCCCCCAAGUACCCCAACAGGGUCCCACGGCCUAGCCUUUUCUCUAGACCUUCAGCUUCCCUCACAGAGAUUUUGAUUGCCACAGCAUUAGGGAGUCACCAUGUCUGCUUGGGCACCACUAGUUGUCAACUAAGCUUUGACAAAAAGUGCCGUGCCGCUCCCACCCCCAGAAGAACAAAAUAUCCAAGAGGCUGGGGACAUAGCUCAGAUGGUAAAUGCUUGCCGUGCAAACCCGAUGGCCUGCUUGAUCCUCAGAGUCCACAUAAAGAGUGGGGAUCACGGCAUGCUUUGUAAUCCCAGUACUCCUUUAGCAAGAUAGAUGAGCACUAGCCAGCCAGAGGUGGUCCACACCUUUAAUCCCAGCACUCAGGAGGCAAAGGCAGGUGCAUCUCUUAAGUACGAGACUAGCCUAGUCUACAGAGUUCCAGGACAGCCAGGGCUACCACUAACCAGCCUUGAAGAUCCCAGGCCAGCAUGCCUGGAGUACACAGCAGCACAGGGGCACAAAGGGACCCUGCGUCAAUUGGAUGGAAGGCAAGAACCAACUUCCAAAAGUCAGGCAACCUGGUUAUACACAUAACAAAUAUUUUAAAAGCUGGGUGUAGUAGUAUGCCCUUGUAAUUCCAGUGCAGGGUAAGUGGAGUCCGACAGAUCCCUGGGGCCUCCUGGCCGGCUAGCCUAAUAUACUAGUCGAGUACCAAGCCAGUGAGCCUGUCUCAGAAACAAGGGGAUAGCGCUUGAGGUUGUCCUCUGGCCUCCACAAGCAUGUGCACUCAGUCUGAUCUCUGACCCCUCCCAAAAGUCUCAGGAUGCAAAGGGUCAUGAGGCAUCUGCCACAGAAUCCGGGCUUCUGUGAACACAGCCACCAUCAGGUUCAGGUCAGCUGUUCGGCUCCAAAGCGGUGAGGGGCACUUGGAAGGUGUCCCUGAGAAAUGACCUCUUCUUUCGCGUGUCUCUGUUGCUACCUGGAUGCAUGGGAAUCUGGAGGGUACGGUACAGCUCGGGACCGGGGAUCAGUAUACUAGUUUCCCUAUCCUGGGAUAUCCGUCGCGCCAAACUCAUUGAGGAACCGCUGUCAGAACCUCUGCACAGUGUUCAGCAGCCAAGUUCCCUGAGUGUGCAAAGGCACAAAAAUCACCUCUGGGUGGGAAGGAGAGGGACACUGAGGACCUAAGGGUAGAGGCUGAGCGGCGUGGCUGCUGUCAGGAUGGCCGGCUAAGCCGUUCUUCUAAUUACCAGUCCCAUCACUGCUAACCACAGCUGCUGCAGCACCCUGGCUUUCUGGCUUUCGGGAUUGCCCCAGGCUGCCCCUGGCGGUACUCCUCCACCCCCAUAUCCAGUCAGCUGAUUGGUGGAGACACCCCCCCACUCCCCGCCCCUAUGAAAGUUUGGUCCCAGCGGUGAGGAUUCCUACUCUAGCCUAUGAGUCCCUAACUCAAUUCCUGCACUCGGGCGUGGGAGGGUUAACUUGAAGGGGUGGAGAUUCUAACAGGGAGGCUGACCCGACUGAGGUUGACCCAGCUGGGUCAGCCUUCCUUAGAUCUAGGAGUCCUGGUGUCACUGGCCACUGGGACGCUUGAGUACGGGCUCCUUGCUCACUUCAAGUCGGGAGAGGGCGUGGGGAGAUGCAGGGUAGCUAGAACGGUUGCCAUCUCCCAGGUCUCUGCUACUCGUCCCAAGCUGGUGGUGGCUCAGGGGACUAGACCUAUCCAAAUCAGUCCUGCCCAGGGCACUUGAUUGCCUUUGGUUGGAGAUGAAUCCGGCAGGUAGGGGUCCUACAGUCUCCCCCGGGGCCGAGUCCACCGACGCGUCACUUGGCCCACCAUUUCCCUGGCCCUGCCCACCCGACGUGCGGCUCUGUGGCCACCUGCGGAAGCAAAAGUCCCAGCGCCGCCGCUUUUUCGUUCUGCGCGCCGACCCUCCGCGCCUGGAGUGCUACGAGAGCGAAAAGAAGUUCCUCGCCAGCGGCUGCCGCCCACCUCGACCCCGGCGCAGCGUGAGCCUGGAAGGCGCCUGCACUAUCAGCAAGCGUGCGGAUGCCCGCCAGCGCCACCUGAUCGUCGUCUAUACCAGCGACAGCAGCCUGGGCGUAGCGGCGGCCAGCGAAGCGGAGCAGCAAGCAUGGUACAGCGCCCUGCUGGAGGUGCGCGCCUCUGCCGCUGCAGCUGCUGCCACUGCUAUGGGUCUCAGUCCCCAAGAGGCCCCCGAGUCUUGGAUCUUUGCCCCGUUCCAGGACGUCUGGCCUGUGACACUGCGGUCCAAGGGACUGGGGCGAGCACCAGGCCUGAGUAGCGGCACCUAUCGCCUGUGCCUAGGUUCUGGGGCUCUAAGCCUCCUGCGGAAGCCAGGAAGCAAAGGCUCCAGAGACAGUCGGGCAUCACCACCACCGGCCCUGCGCCUAUCCUUGCUCAGUGUGCGCCGCUGCGGCCAUGCAGACUCGUUCUUCUUCCUGGAACUCGGGCGCUCAGCGCCCACGGGUCCCGGGGAGCUGUGGAUGCAGGCGCCUGAUGCAGUGAUAGCCCAAAACAUCCAUGAGACCGUCCUGGCUGCCAUGAAGAGGCUGGGGAGCAGUGCAGUCAGUGGCAAGGAUGAGCCACCGUCCGGAGAUCCUCCAAAGAGUGCUUCUGCAGCCCCUACCCGGGUACCGUAUGAAACCCCUGUUUCUGCAGUGCAAUCAAGAAGCCCGGGUGAGAGAGCAAAGCAGGGCUACCUCAAAACCUUGGAAAGGAUGGGGCCCACACCCUCCUGCAAGGGGCUAGAUCUGGGCGGGGACUAUAUCACCAUGGGAGUCAGGGAUGACUACGUGCACAUGGCAGGGGGAGAGGUUGGUGACUACAUGCUGAUGGCACCUCCAGGCCUUCCCCCCACCGCUGCCAGGGUAGCUCCUGGCAAAUCGCUCCAGGAUUGUGAGAGCACAGAGUACAUGCCCAUGAGCAGACUCUCACCGGGGCCUUUUUACUACGAGCUCAAGGAGCCUGAGCUGGGCCAUCAAGGUGCCCCCUGCAGCGUUAGGGACAGAUGGAGACCCACAGAGGCUCGGUCCUGCUCUUCCCAGCUCUCAGAGGUAUCUGGGGACUACAUGUACAUCCCAGACUGUGUAGGCAUGAGCGGUGCUAAGCCCGGGUCCCUGGACAACUGCCUCAACUACGUGGACUUGGACCUAGUCCCUCCCCUGGAAGUGCCUGGAGCAGCCCCUGGGGAGAGUCCACAUAGCUAUGCCAGCAUCAAGUUCUAGAACCUUCUGGGAGAUGGUCAGGGAAGAUACAAAAAGAAGAGAAAAAGUUGCUAGUGUACAGCUCGGCUCCCGCAAGGGGCCAAGGCCCCUUGUUCCCUGUCAGGUGCUAUGCUGCCCCCUUGCCUGCUGCCACUUCCAGCCACACACCACCUACAAAUAGGUUCUCCCAAGAAAUUAGACCUUUUUUUUUUUUUUGAGACAGGGUUUCUCUGUAGCUUUGGAGCCUGUCCUGAAACUUGUUCUGUUGACUAGACUGGCUUGAACUCACAGAGAUCUGGCCAUCUCUGCUUCCCAAGUACUGGGAUUAAAGGUGUGCGCCACUUCUGCCAGCGAAUUUAGACUCUUUUGAGAGAGAAAGUUCUAGAACCUCUCUCACCCCAACCCAAAAAACCAACCCUAAAGCCUUAAGAAGUUGUGGGCCUUCCCAAACGAAACCCAGAUCCUAUCUGUCUCAGGCUAGUUGUGGCCAAACCAGAGAUGAGGAUUCCCCACCCCAAUUUGGACAGCUCUGUCCCCUAGAUGUUGACAGCUAGAUGUCACUGUGUCCCCCCCCAGCCCAAAGUUAUCCUCACCCAACUUUUUCAAGUCAGAGAGCUACUCCUAGGGCCCCAGCUCAAAAGUGAUGGGAGCAUCGGGGAUCAUGUUUGUGCUCCCCAGCAACCUGGCCUUCUGAGCCAUCCUCCUGUGGUGCCAGUCAAGCUCCCCUGACUGUUCCCUGGGCCUGGCCAAGCCAACCAAGUCCUUGCUUCCUACAGCACAGCCCAUCACAUCCUGUGGACCCAAUCACCCAUUAAAGGUGUUCUGCACCCUGAC